AUGGCAGAAGAGGUCGACAAUGUUCGGGUUAUUGUCCGCUGUCGACCUCUCAGCGAAGUGGAACUCGAAAACGGAUUUAAAUCAGUUGUUAAUAUCGAUCAUGACUCUCAUUCCGUUUGUGUAUCAAAUCCGAAUGCACCUCAGGAUCCACCUCGUUGCUUUACUUUCGAUUCAGUUUUCGGCGAAGAUGCCGAUCAACUAAGUAUAUAUAACAUUGCUGCAAGACCGAUUGUUGACAACGUUCUUAAAGGAUACAAUGGAACAAUAUUAGCCUAUGGUCAAACUGGUACAGGUAAAACUUACACGAUGUCAGGUAGAACAGAUUCGUUAGAACACGCUGGUAUCAUUCCUAAUUCAUUCGCGCACAUUUUUAAUAGUAUCGCAAAAUGUGAACAGGAUAAGACGUUUCUUGUACGAGUGUCUUAUUUGGAAAUAUAUAAUGAAGAAAUUCGUGAUUUAUUAGCUAGGAGUCCAAUGCAUAGAUUAGAAAUCAAGGAACGUAAUGAUAUCGGUGUCUACGUGAAAGAUUUAUCAAAUGUAACUGUUUCGAGUGCUGAUCACAUGCAACGUCUCAUGAAUUUCGGCAACAGUAAUAGAUCAGUUAGCUCGACAAAAAUGAAUGUGGAGAGUUCAAGAUCCCAUGCCAUUUUCACAGUGACAAUUGAGUGCAGUGAAUUGAUUGACGGCAGAAAUCACCUCACGCAAGGCAAACUACAAUUAGUUGAUCUAGCUGGGAGUGAACGACAGUCAAAAGCAGAAUCAAAUGGACAACGUCUUAAGGAAGCAUCACGUAUUAAUUUAUCUCUUUCUUCACUGGGUAAUGUAAUCAGUGCUUUAAUAGAUUCAAAGGCUGCGCAUGUUCCAUAUCGUAAUUCGAAAUUAACUCGGCUUUUACAAGAUUCACUUGGCGGAAAUUCUAAAACUGUUAUGUGCGCGAAUAUUGGACCAGCAUCCUAUAAUUAUGAUGAAACAAUUUCUACUCUUCGAUAUGCAAAUCGUGCAAAGAAUAUUAAGAAUGUGGUUCGAAUCAACGAAGAUCCAAAGGAUGCGCUUUUAAGGAAAUUCCAGUUGGAAAUUGAUCAUCUAAAAAAGUUGCUUGCAAAUGAAGAGUCAAGUGAUAGUGAUGAAGAAAUGGGAAAGAAAAGCGAAGCGAAGGAGAUGCCGAAGCGUCAAAAAGGAGGAUACGAUGAACGAAUUAUUGAAUUGGAAAAAAAUAUCGAACUGAAGAGAAAUGAAUUACAAAGAACGAAGGGACUAGCUGAAGAAGAACGUAAUAUUCUUGCAAAUGAGCUUCAGACUAGAGAGGUUGAACUCGCUCGAGCUAGGAAUGAGCAUGAGGAAUUGGUGAAAAAAUUGAAACAAUUAGAACGUAAGUUAAUUUUUGGUGGUGAAAAUAUGUUGGAAAAAGCAGAAAAGCAAGCUCGUUUAUUGGAGCAAAGUAACGCAGAACUUGAUCGAGCAAAAGCUAAUGAGGAUCACCUGCGUCAAGCUUUGGCUGAAAAAAAUCAGGAAAGGAUUGACUUGGAAGAGAAGUAUAAUUCUCUAUCGGAAGAAGCUCAUGGCAAAACUAAGAAAAUGAAAAAGGUGUGGAAUAUGUUAUGCACUGCAAAAAGUGAACUGAGUGAUCUAACAAUUGAACAUCAACGAGAAAUCGAGGGAUUACUUGGUAGCAUUCGACAAUUGAAGAGUGAAUUACUAUUGCAACUUUUAAUUAUAGAAAACUACAUUCCACCGGAAUAUUUGGAAUUAAUCGAAAAAUUUGUUUCCUGGAAUGAAGAAAUUGGCGAUUGGCAACUGAAAUGCAUUGCUUAUACUGGAAAUAAUAUGCGUGCGCGCAACCCAUUGCCUGUUCCGGUUUACAAGGGUGAAGACCCCCAAAUGCAUGAUUUGUUUCUUUCUUAUUCAAAUGAAAUAUCACUCGCAUAUGAUUCGAAUCGUAAAUUACGAUCAAAGAAGCGAAGGACGUAA